UGUAGAAUAUCAUUUAUAUAUAGAUGGUAUUUGAUUAAUUGGUUUUUUAGUAGGAUAAUAUUUAUCAUUAUUCAGAUAUACUAGUAAUUUGUACUAUUUGUUAUAUAAGCACAUUCAUCUGUCUUUUCUAUACUUUUUUUUUUCUUCUCAUUUUCAAUUAUCGUAUAUACAUGGCACCUUUAGAAGUAAUUGGAGCAGGAUUCGGUAGAACUGGGACUGACAGUCUGCGUGCAGCAUUGAAUAUGUUAGGAUACAAGACGCAUCAUAUGAAAUGCUUUUUUGAAGAUCCAGAGUUGGAUCCUGACCUUUUUUAUGAUGCUUACUUUCAUCGAGAGACUGCAGAUUGGGAUCAACUUUAUAAAGAUUAUAAUGCCGCUGUAGACUGGCCAACAGUAGAAUUCUACAAGGAACUUUUGAAAAAAUAUCCUAAAGCUAAAGUCUUGUUAACUAUACGCAGUGCUGACAGCUGGUAUAACUCUGUAAAGAAUACAAUUCUAAAAGUUGCCACCACAACAUCCAUCGAUAGUAAAUUUAAGAGGAUGGCAAUAACCGUUUGUAUGAAUGGUCGUUUAGCAGAACCCAAAUUAUUUGAUGAUGAAGAAGAAACGAAGAAAAUUUAUUUAGACCACAUAGAAGAAGUAAAACAGGUAGUUCCUAAAGACCAGUUGCUAAUCUUGGAGUUGGGAGAAGGAUGGGAUCGAUUAUGUAAGUUUCUUGGAAAACAAAUACCGAAAGAACCAUAUCCAAAUUUCAAUAGUACAUCAGAGUUUCAAUCAAAUUUUAUAUCAAGAACCAAUACAUAAAUUUAUACUAUUAUAGCUUACACUAAAAGUUAAUACUUGGUACUUUUUUUUUUAUUAUUAUUGUUAUUAUUAUUGAUCCCGACCGGUAAAAUGGAAGUGAAAUAAAUAAUCUCG